AUGCCAUCUGAGGACCUACCCUCCGACUCUGUACUCAUUCGUGGCUUCGAGUUUGGGAAGGAGGCCUGCACCCUGGAUGCAUUGAUGUCAUCCAUGCUUUCCACCGGCCUCCAGGCCAGCGCCCUGGGUCAAGCCAUCGUCGAGGUCAACCGCAUGCUGGACUGGAGACUCUCGGACGAGCACGUCCUCGACACAGAUGCAGUUGUUGAGCCAGCUGAGCGAGCCUCUGUCCGCGCCAAGCUGUUCCUGGGCUACACCUCCAACCUGGUGUCUGCCGGGGUGCGGGAGCACAUCAAGUUCCUGGUGCAGCACAAGCUCGUGGACGUACUGGUGACAACAGCCGGGGGCAUCGAGGAGGACUUCAUCAAGUGCAUGUCCCACACCUACCUGGGGGACUUUGCCCUGAAGGGUGCAGACCUGCGCUCGCGUGGCCUGAACCGCAUCGGGAACAUGCUGGUGCCAAACUCCAACUACUGUGGGUUCGAGGACUGGGUGAUGCCCAUCCUGGAUGCCAUGCUGGCUGAGCAACAGAAUGCUGGGACGAGGUGGACGCCCUCCAAGGUGAUUGCACGGCUGGGCCAGGAGAUCAAUCACCCCGACUCCAUCUACUACUGGGCCUGGAAGAAUGGCAUCCCUGUCUACUGCCCGGCCCUGACCGAUGGUUCCCUGGGGGACAUGCUGUAUUUCCAUUCUUACAAGGCGCCAGGGCUGGAGAUCGACAUUGUGGCUGACAUCCGAGCUAUGAAUGACGAGGCCCUGAAGGCCAGCCCUCGGAAAACGGGGGUCAUCAUCCUCGGGGGUGGCGUGCCCAAGCACCACAUCUGCAACGCCAACCUGAUGCGGAAUGGGGCAGACUUUGCGGUGUUCCUCAACACAGCACAAGAAUUUGAUGGCAGCGAUUCAGGUGCACGACCGGAUGAAGCAGUGUCCUGGGGAAAGAUCAGGGCGGAUGCCAUGCCUGUCAAGGUGUAUGGAGACGCCAGCAUCCUCUUCCCCCUGAUUAUCUCGCAAACAUUUGCCAAGCGCCUGGCCAGAGCGGAUCCAGGGUCAUCCGAUGGACUGUCGUUACCUUCUGCUGGAUGUGAUGUAACGGAAUGA